AUGUCAGUCGACGUCGGCCUCUCUUCCCUCGUCGCAGAGCCAGAUGAGGCAUCACUGCGCAGGCAUGUCACGACCCACCCUCUUCUCACAGGCCUGUUACCUUCCUCGUCCGACCUGGCAGCACAGAUCGCAGCCCUGAAAGCCUCCCAUUCUGCCGCACAGCGUCGCUACGAGAAAUCGCGGCAGGUCGCCCACGAUGAGCUGGAGAAGGCUUCCACCUCCCUGUCCUCAUUUCGAUCCCGCCUCGAUGCUCUCCCCACGCGCAUAGACGAGCUCGACGAUGAGGGGGACUCGAUCCAGUCUAGCGUCCAGAGGGAGCGACCGGGCCUCGAAGCGCAUACAAGCUCGCUACGAUCAUUGCAGGCUGCAGAGGAUUAUUAUGCCCUCUUGAGCCGGACCGAGACGACGGGCAAGGAGUGUUUGGCAAGUCCACUGAGCAGUCAAGCGCUGGAAAGGCUGGCCGAGUUGGUCAACUUGGCAAGAUACGCAGAAUCGCUCUGCCCUUCUUCUUCUUCUUCUUCUUCGUCUGCUUCUUUGCAACCACGACCCAAACUGCUCGCCUUCCUCUCCACCAACUUAGACGAGACAUACGAAGCACUCGUAGUCGCACGGUCUACGCAGUUGAGAGAAGCACUCAAAGAUGCAGGAUGGCCGCCUCUCUCCCCCGAGCAGGCAGAAGCGCAGGGCAAACAGCCGCGUAGCCCGUCGUCCCUCCUCAACGACCAAGCUGCAGUGCGCACGGCGUGGGACUCGCUCCUCUCUUUGCAAAUUGUGGGGCAUUUGCUCGAAAUCAAGGCAAGACCAUCCCUCCUACUCGGGCAGGGCGAGAGCGAAAGCGAUCAAGUCAAAGACGUCCCCGCGCCUGGCUCGACCACCUACACCCCGCUCCUGGGAACAGCCCUCCUCCUCGAGCCCUACCUGCUUCGCUUCCGCUAUCACUUCGACUCGGAUCAACCCACCAACCGCCUAGAUCGACCAGAGUGGUACCUCCAACACGUCCUCCAACUCAUCCGUACCCUCUCACCCCUCUACACACCGCAAGGCCCCGCGAGGCGACUCUGCCUGCCUGCGUUGCAUCGGUACGGUCGUGCAUUGGACCACGAAUCGGUAGAACCACAGAGCGAGGUGGUGCACGUGCUCCUUCGCGCAGUCCAGGCAAAGGUGGGCAGCUCGAUGCCACUCCUCCUCGCUGGAUCGCAAUCGCAGCAAGGAGUCCACACAUCCCUGCUAGGCCAUACGCUCUCCUCCCUCUCCCAAUUCGACGAGGACUUGGCCGAGCUGCUAGGCCCGGGUACUUCUGCACAAAAGCUGGCAAAGGGUUUGCUGGAGGAUGGCGAGUAUUUCACCGCCUGGCUGGCAGCGGAGAAGCGUGUUGCGGAGGAGGGGUUGGAGGAGAUCCUCGAUGACCCAGAGGCUUGGAGGAUUGGGAGUGGCGAAGAGGAGGAGGACGAGAACGAUCAGGACGAGAACGCCACUAGCGCACCAGGAAUCUCGCUCGCAUCCGCCCGGACAUCAGCAUUGCGCUCGACACGCUCCUCCCUCUCCCUCGUACACCUCCUCUCAACCCUCAGCGCGCGCCUGGCUCCCCUCCCCCUCACCCUCUCGCAACGCCUUCAGCUGCUGAGCGCGCUCCACCUCCCCCUACUGCGAAGCUACGCACAGCGCCUUACCCGCUCGCUCGACGCAUUCGAGAGCCUCAGUUCCGCCUUUGCUCGCUCCCUCUCCGUUCCUGGCGGCGGGGUAGAUGCGAGUGGGGUAGCCCUGGGGGAUUCGAGCGAGAGUAUGGUUCGUGGUCUGCGCGGGCUCAGUCGACUGCUCAAGGCUGGGUUGAGCGCGAGGGGCGUGUUGGGAUGGCUGGAGCGAUGUAGGGAGGAGAGCGAGUGGUUGGAGUUGAGCGACGAGCUAUUGCGUAGCGAAGAAGGGCGCAGAGUUCUUAAGGCGCAGAGUGACGAGGCGGAGCAGAGAGAGUUGGAUGGGGAGAGUUUGGGGGCCUUGAUUCGUAAGAGUUUGGGCUCGCGCGGCGCGGCGCGAGGUGGCGCUGCUGCUGGUGGUGGUCGAGGGGUGGGAGAGGGGGGAGCCGAGCCCGCGUCAGGGUCGGUGUGGGACGAGAUGAUCAACAAGUACUCUGCGGUCCUCUCUCGCGCAAACGAGGGAAUGCACCGACUCAUCGUGAGCGAGGUGAGCGAGUCACUGCUGCGGGAAUAUGCGCAGAGCGAAUGGCUCGACGAGCGUCGCGACGACCAGGAGAACGAGGACGAGGACGAGGACGACUCUGGGGGGAUGGCGCCAACUCCCUCUCUCCUGCCCGCCCUCACCCUCCUGCACACUCAUCUCUCGCACCUCUACCCGGCCCUCAGCUCGACGAGCAGCUCAGCAGACGCCCGCGCCCGGCACAGGAGAAUCGCCCAGGACCUCUCGCGUUUUGUGGUCACCAAAGUCGUGCUGGCGGGGGGGUCGCGACGAUUCACGCUGAGGGGGGCAGAGCGAUUCAGGCGAGAUUGGGAGACGGGGUGGGCCCCCGUUGUGCGUGGGGCAACGAUGGGGGCAAGGGGGGAGGGGGCUUGGCGCUUCUUGAGGGAUGUAGGGAGGCUACUCUCUCUCCCCUCGUCUUCGUCGUCGUCCUCCGCGGCAGAGACGGAAACGCGAACGGGCGAGGGCGAGUACACCCUCGCGCGGGCCAUGCGCGUUCUCUGGGAGGGUGGGGAAGAGGAAUGGCGAGCCAUGUGCGAUGCGUUGGAGCUGAGGAGCCGGGAGUUGACAGGGGACAGGGGGUUGGCGAGGGAGGUUGUGAGGCGGAGAGUCGAGUGUAUGCUAAGAUGA